AUGCACCGACUUUCAUGUCGGAAAACCUUUUCAUCCUCUCUGAGUCAAAGAACGGACUUUCUCCGAUCAAGCUUGAAGGCUUUCAAUCGUUCAACAAUUAAUUGUGCUUCAUUGUCGUGGAAUUUCAAUAAUAAUAAUAAUAUUCAUUCAUCAUGCGUUCGUUCCUAUGCCACUAUUAGACUUGUGGAUCAUCAAGAAGAGCGAAAAAAACAACAACAACAACAACAAUCGGAACAGCAGCAAGGUGGAGAACAUCAUGAUGAAAAUUCUCAACAAACAAAGAAAGAGCCUUUCAUGACAUGGACUCAAUUCAUCUUUUUUGGUAUUCCAGCCAUUACAACCUUUUGUCUGGGUGUGUGGCAAACGAAACGAUAUUUGUGGAAGAAGGAGCAAAUUGCUCUUCGUGAAGUAACUCUUGCUCAAGAUCCUAUUGAGUAUGAUCCAUCUAAAAUGUUGAAAAUUUCAGAAAAUAUACAACAACCUGAAUCAAGUGUCAUGCCAUCCAUUCACGAAAAAUCAGAGGAAGAUUACGAUCCAAUUCAUCCAGCAAGAGAUGAAUAUUCACAUAGAAUUAUUACUUUGGAGGGCUACUUUGAUUAUGAUAAGGAAAUUGUUGUAGGCUUGAGAAAGAGUCCGCUCACGAAGCGUCUCGAUUUGCCAACAAGUGUUGGAGAAAUGGGCUUUUUUAUAUUGACUCCUUUUGUAACGAAACAAGGAGAAGUUGUAAUGGUCAAUAGAGGAUGGGUACCUCAAAGUAUUUACAAAGAUCCAAGUAAGGCUUCCAAACAAGAUUUUGAAAAAAAGGCCACCGAUCAAAAUCACAUUGAGAAAGUUACGGCCAUCAUUCGACCAGGAGAAUAUUUGGGUGCUGGUAUUUCAGAUAGUUAUGAUGGCAAGUCGAACAAAUUUAUUGCCAUGGAUCUGUUUUCCAUAGCCAAAUAUUACAAGUUGCCUUACAUUCCAUUGCUGGUGGAUGCUUUUUACCACAUUCCAAACUUUGUCUAUUCUGAAAAGCAAACAAGUGAAAAUUCUCUCAAGGCAUCUAAGGCACAAGAGUCGAAAUAUCCCAUGGUGGCCAUUCCUGACGAUUAUAUGAAAUUUUAUAUUACUCCUGCCACUCAUGUGGCAUACAUGGUCACGUGGUAUACAUUAUGCAUGUGGAUCAUUGGAUCAUUAGUAUAUCUAAAGAGAAAGAAGAGAUUGUCAAACUUUUAA